UUCAUAAAUCCGUCAAAUCAAUCAGCUGUUCUAAGUUUACCAACAAGUGGAUUCAUUUCAAGAUCUAAUUAUCCUCAAAAUUCCAUUCAAAUUCUUGUUUAACAUGAGAAAAAGUCACUAAUCAAACUUUACUAUGGCGAAUAAUGAAAUGGAUGAAACUCUUACCAACGUGAAACCAACUAAUCCCAAAGUAAAAGUGGAGUACUGUGGUGUCUGUGAUUAUGGUGGUCAUUGUCUAGCACUCAGACAAACUAUUAAUAAAAUGACUCCUAAUGCGAUAGUGAAUUGUUUGCGUGGACGGCAAGGUUCAUUUGAAGUUCAAGUAAAUGAUAAAUUAAUAUAUUCAAAACUCCAGACGAUGGCACUACCUGACUUCGACGAGGUUGCUGAAGUGGUCAAUAAUGUGUCGCUCGGGGAGGAACCUAGGUUAAUCAAAGGACAACAACCAAUCAACUGUGUAAUUUCAUAGAAUAUAUUAAAAUCAAAAACAACUGUAAUAUAAACUAGUCAUAGAAUAAUAAACAUAAAUGAGAAAA